AUGUGUAGUCUCCUCUCAACUGCAGCUCCGGCGCCUUCGUGGAGACGACCCUUCCUGUGCUCCCCUCACCCCCUGCGCCGUUCCGUCAUUUCGAUUGAUUUAACUUGCCCUUCUUGGGUAAGCUUGUUGGCUGCAUUGGUGACUUCUUUUGAGGGGGUGAGGAGCGCGGUGGCGUGCUCGGGUUCGCCGGCCUUUGCUUCCUCUUCUCCUCCGUCUCUUGGGGCUGAGACGGGGAGAGGCCGCCGGCGGAUGCGCUCUUUGGCUAGCCAUCACCAGCUCUUGGUGAAGGGAGUGGUUACAUUUGCACUGGGGCAAGGAUGCCAUAGCGGCGGUGGUUGUUGGUCGCUGGUUCUUGGCGGUGGUGGUGCUUGGGUUUGCAGCUGUGUGCGGCUAUCGGCCAAAGUCGGGGCUUCGUGCUCUCUGUCUUCUAGUCUAUCGAUGACUAUAGUCCUCGGGCCACGAAAACUGAUUGGAUUGAAGGGGAGGACAUCUGGUUCGGGUCUCUCAGAGUUUUCGGUGGUGGGAUUUCGGGGGAGGCUUCAGAUUCGUCUGCCUGGGUCGAGUUAG